AUGAGAGCAGCGAAAGUGAGUACCGUCUCCGACUCAAUGACUACACGGAUGUUUUUCAAUGAUACAAUGAACCUAUGGGUAAUGUAGUUUCUACUGUUUCAACUGCAGUCGGGAAUUCUUACCUGGAACUACAAUUCCCAGCUACGGAAGCUUGUGCAACAGAAGAGGCGCGUCGUUUAGAAACAGUUGUGUUGAUUUGGCGGAGUAACUCGGGGACAAGUUGGGGCAAGUACCGACGUCAAAAUGUACUGUAAAAAAUAACGAAACCAAUGCGGUUGUGUGUAGUUAGGCAGCUACUAUAAGAGACUGUUUUUCAAGUUUGUUGUGUGAAAGUCGUCAAAAUGUUCAUUCUUAAACGUGUGGUAUCAGUUGGAGCCAUCAUGGUCCAUCAGUGCGCCUCCCUCUCCGUGAGAAACUUAUCUGCUUGCAAUUGCCUAAGAUCCCCCAAAAGGCGCAGCCCAUACAGCUUGGUGGACAGUGAGCGCUACAGUUCUCUUGUAAAGUCUGUCAUGUCCUCCAGGGUCAGUUCCCAAACCCCAGAGACCCUCCAAGAAGAAGACGAGCACAUUUAUGGACGUGUUGUCAAAGCUCAGACGCCCUCCACAAGACCAGAAAUGAAGGAACCUAAAAACCUUCAUCCCUUCUUACAUUGCGAAAACACUGUAGAAACAGAGGAGCCAGAACCAGGACUUCCAACCCGGAUUUUGUUUAAAAGGGACCAAGGCAGAUCCUCUGUGCCGAGUGUGACCCGCAUUCUUCAGCAGACGCUUUCCCCAGAGCAGAUCUUCUACCUGGAGAGAUGGAAGAGGAGGAUGAUCGCAGAGCUUGGAGAGGAUGGCUUCAAAGAAUACAGUCAGAAUAUAUUUAGGCAAGGGAAGAGCUUCCAUUCAGUGUUGGAGGAUAUUCUGACGUCAGGUGAGAAGAACAAACAGCCCGCAGAGACGCAAGAGCAUCCACCUGAGGUACAGGGAUACAUGGAGAGCGUCUCUCACAUACUGGAGGAUGUCAGUGCAGUGAGAGCUAUUGAAAGCACUGUACAACAUGACACCCUGAACUACAUGGGAAUUGUGGAUUGUGUCGCUCGCUACAGAGGUGUACUAUGUGUUAUUGACUGGAAGACUUCAGAAAAGCCCAAACCAUUCCUGAGCAACACAUAUGACAACCCUAUACAAGUGGCAGCCUACGCUGGGGCUUUGAACAGCGAUGGAAACUACAAAUACCAGGUUGAAAAUGGACUCAUUGUAGUGGCCUACAAGGAUGGCUCACCCGCUCAUGCUCAUCAGCUGAGCUCAGAGCUGAUGCAAGAGUACUGGAAAACUUGGUUGCUACGCCUUGAGGCGUUCACAGAACAGAGAUCAAGUCAUGCAUCAAGUGCUUUUCCAGAAAAGAGGUGAAAUGUUUGAAGAGAGAUCUGCAAGGUUCAUGUCCAUGAGACAGGUUGUGUCAGUUUAAGGCACCUGAACCUGAAGUGAAAAUAUAACAUUCACCUGUACAGUGGGAAGGCAGAAACAUUAGCAUUCUUUGCUAAUUUCUAAUUAGCAUUUUCAGUUUAUCUCACGGCAAAUGUAAAUUCAUUAGCUGACAUCUUGAACCUAAUUUGUUAAUAUAGGGGCCUCAUCAGUUAAUUAGAACAUAUUACACAGAUAAGUUCCCCUUCAUUGAAAUAAUCUACAUAUCAUUGAAAGUAAACCAGGUUUCCCUGUAUGAGGGAUCUUCAGUAAAACCCAAGUUUUUAAAGAGUCUGUGGGAGACCACAUUCUCCUCCUCUACAAAACAGUAGACUGGGUAUUCCUGAGCAUGGAGUCUCUUGGCCAGGGUGCUGACCAGGACUUUGGCAUAGCCUUUCCCUCUGUGCUCUGGCAGAGUGUACAACAUCCCCAUGGCACACGAUGCAUAGGUCAGGAUCCAGGACACAGGCUUUCGCUCUGCAUCCAGCACGCAGCAGGAGGGGAAGUGUACAGUCAUAUUGCGGAUCAUCCUCAGAGCCAUCUCAUCCUUUCCAAACUUCCAUGUCUGAUUUACCAAGCCAAUAUGUGAUUCAUCCAGAGAGCUCAGGGAGAUCCCUGAGCUGAUGCAGAACAGAAAGGAGAAAGAACAGAAUCCCGUUAUAUUAACAAACCCGACAUAACGUUGUUGUCUCACACUAGAAUUAAUAUAUCACUGCAUGGAUAGGCUCUACCUGUCUAUAGAUGGAAGCUUGGAUACGUCCUCUAGUAUCAUCAUGUGACACACUGCCAGUUUGUUGCUGGGGACAUUUUUUUCUGAUGCCACUGCUUUGAAUACCUCCAUGUGUUGAAGAUUGAUUCCUUGGACAGGAGAAAGGAAGUUGUUUUUUCUGAAAAGCUGUUUGCAAAUGUGUGAAACUUAAUUUCCUAUUUCUGUUUGAGUACUGAGAAACUGUAUUAUUUAAAUGGGAUUAAAGAUUCUGUCAGAAAUUAUUUCCACCUUGCUUUGAAACCUUCAAUGUGCAAAAGUGGAUAUGUUUAGAAGACAAAAAGAUCAAAAAGCUGCUGUGAUUAGCAAACAUGUAAUAAAUGUUUUUACAUAAUCAUCCAAUAA